AUGAACAGCAAACAGGAACUCGGCCAUACUCAAGGCGAAGGCCUUGCACCUGCAAAUUGUACUAUGGAAUCCGUAAUUGGCGAUUACACAACUGUAAGAGAUCGCCUCAAGAGUAUACUGUCUCCAAAGAACAUUGAGGAGUUUCACGAAAUACUCGUAGGAAUAAAGUGCAACGAAGGAAUAGAUCGUGAAGUUAUUUUAAAAAUUGAUACGCUUUACGAAGAAAUCGCAAGCGGUAAAUGUAUUGUAGGGGAUACCCCGCUCACUUUGAUGGACAUUGCAGAGUGCUACAUAGCAACAUUGAUCUCAUACUUGCAUGAUAUUUUGGCUAUUGAACUAAUUUUAAACAUCUUAUUAUAUUCAAACAACACACAUUUGUCAAACUAUAGUGAACAACGCUUACACGAAUUGAUUUUUGAUUUUAAACUUGUCAUACCAUUGGAUAAAUUAAAAUGCAAAACAGCGCUAUUACCAGUACUGCUAAAGAGUACAAGCUUGCUUAAGAAGAAAAGAAUAUCUGACUGUGAAUCAAGGAUUAACACCGGCUAUGAACUUUGCAAAGAAAUUCUAUCCAGUGAAGAAUUCCUUGAAAGUAUCAAGGAAGAAAAGGCUGACUUGUAUAACUACAUGAUUAGCCUCAAGUUUGAUAACAGAUCCAUGAAGGAACUGACAAACAAGGAUAAUUGGCUCAAAACAUGUUUGCAGUUGCAGCAUUAUGUUGGAUCAUACUCAAAGGGUAUGCCAAAGUUUGUGGAUAAUCUAGCAAAAGCCUGCAAAUGGAUUGAGACAAAAACAGAUUUUGGGGAAGAAGCUUCUUUUUUCAAGCUAAUAACUGGUAAAUUUUUUAAUCCUGUGUUUCAAAUAGAGUUGCUCCUGACAUAUGUGGAAGAAUAUGCUGGUGAAUUUUACACUGAGCCAAAAUCUAGUACUGAUAUAGACGGAUUCUUAAAGUUGGUGUCUAACGAAGAUAUAAAGAGUGUGGCAUGGAUCAUCGACACCGAUGUGUUGCCAGCCUUGCUAUCACUGGUAUACACCAAAUCAAAUAUUGAACGGUUCAAGGCAUGGAUAGAUAAAGUUGUAAAGUCCGGUGGAAAAGGCACGCUUUUAUGUAAAGCUAUGAUUUACAAACUCUCUCUAAUUUGGAUGAAUGAUCAAAGGGUACUUACAACAAAGUAUAAUCCAAUUCAGCUCAAGUUGGCAACAAUGAAUCCCAUUUACUGGCAUAUCUAUGAGUCAUGUAUCCAGGAAUUUGUGACCAGAAACAAGCUCAUGGCAGAAAUUAAGAACUUGAGUGGCGAAUCCCUAAAGGAUAAAGAUUGCGAAGUGCUCUAUGACUUUAUUUUCAGCAUAGCAAUAAAUAUGCCAUGUGAGUGCUUUUUUCUGAUACUCCUGGAAAUCAUGCGCCUAGUGGAUUAUGACUAUGAUGUAAUCAAUUUUACCCUUCAAAUGUAUCAAUCUACUGUUUUUGAGAUUUUUAAAUCAAAUAGUGUUAGAUUUAGCCGUGGUAUUUUGGAAAUUGUCUGUUACUGCCGCCAAACAUUUGAUUGGGGGUUUAUGAACCUUUUGAUAAAAUCCAUUGACAACCUCAUAGAGACAGAGUCUGACGCAUUUGCAAAGCAAACUUUGGCUACCGGAUUUAUUGAUUAUCUCGAAUGGAAGUUGACACAAAUAAAAUCGCAAUCAAGCUUGACAAAUGUUAAGCUUUAUAUACCCACAUGUAACAUAAUCGCCGAAAUUUUUUACAUUUUGCAUCACGUCAUUGGGACUGAUGACGUUCUGGUUGACAUUUUCUUUUUAUACAAUGAGCAAUAUAAGAGUCUUAAUCACUACAACAUACUCUUGCUACCACUAUUCAAAGCGUUGGAAGCUAAAUUUGAGCCACUAGAGUCAUUUUCUGUGGGAGAUGAAGAAACUCCUGCCGAUGAAGCGGUACGUAGUGUAGGAGCUGGUGAUGUGUUAGAUCUAAGUGAUAAAGUGGAACUUUCCAUAGGGUUAAAUAGGGAUGUAUAUGGAUACUUACUCCUCAAUGAUGAUGCUGAAGUUACCACUACACAUAUAAUCCACCUCAUUUUUGCCGGUAAAAUGCAUACUAGCAUAUUAAACGCUAUUAAGUUGUUGAAUAAUGAAUUGGAAAGUUUGAGGUCACAGUACAUUUUGGAUUUGCUCCUGCGGAAGUUUGUAAAUAGGUUUCAUGGCAUCUUGUCUUUAACGAUGCCUAGCACUUUCUGCUUUCAUUUUCUGCAGGCAUCACCAGGGACCGUUACAGAUGACUCAUCUUCAACGACAAAUGAGAAAAUAGCUGAUAUUCUAAAGUCAUUGGCCAUCUUUUCUGGGUCAAUGGUAAGUCUUCACUUAUCCGGACCACACAUUGACUCUAUAUAUUUGAUAUUGAGAAUAAUACUGGAGGCAUUAAAGCGUGAUGAUAUCUUUAUAGUUGAAUUUGCACUGCAAGCGAUUUUAUCCAUAAAGAAUUUGCACUGUUACCCAGCCUUUGUAAAGGAGCUCGCCACCAACAAGAGAGUUGAAAAAAUUUGCCCGGGUUUGUAUUCUGUCAUGUCUAGUACAAAGGGGGCUGUCUCAGGGUCUGUUUCAGAGAUUGAAACUCUGGAAGACUCUCUAAUAGCGACAGAUGUAAUUUCCAAUAUUGAAAAGGCCGUUGAAACUGUAGCUUGUGUAAAGGAUAAAUUAGACAAGGGUGACCUCAAGGACAGAAGUACUGGCUUAAAGAUAUUAAAGCCAUCCAUACCAUCACCGCCUACAGAUGUACACAUCGAUCCCAUUCAAGGUACACCUAAAUCUGCUAGUGUAUUUUUCUCAAUAAUAAAUUUGGCGUCGAACAUUAGGUUUAAACAAUUUAAAGUUGAUGUACCUUGGAAUCAGGAACAAUUAGGUAUGAGCAAUAUUAACGCUACUCUUGAUGAUUUCCUGAAUUUAUUGAGAGCUGAUUUGAAUGUUCCUCCGGCUGACGUGGAAAGUUUGAACAUUAUAAAUGCGUCAUUUGGUACAAAGCAGUUUAUAGCUCACGUUGAGAGGUUGGUAAGUUCUGGAUAUACUGAUUGGUUACUUUUUGCAAUUCAUCGUUAUGCAAUACUUCACGAUGAAUCGGUAUUUCGCGACUGCAUAGUAUUUGUCUCUACUUUGGGAGGAAACCGUAUGAUGGACGCUUUGGUUAGAUUCUCUGCAUAUUCAAUAAACACAUUUUUAAAAUAUUUAAAGUCAUGUAGGGCUCUUUUAAUAUAUCGCAAACUUUUGAAAAUAUCGGGAUCAUGGCUUGGUGCCUUGACUGUUGGUAGAAAUAAACCACUUCUAACAAAGCACCUGGAUUUAAAACACCUGAUUAUACACGCAUAUGAGAAUGGAAUGCUCACAAUCAUUAUUCCAUGUGUUUGUAGGCUUUUGGAGAACAUUACAAAUUCUAAAAAUUUUAAAUUGCCAAAUCCAUGGACAAACUCUAUUUUGGGUCUCUUAGCUGAAAUAUGCACUAUAAAAGGACUUAAAUCACUGCUUAAUAAUGAGGUUGCAGCACUUUUCACCAAUCUGGAUUUCAAUCCUGCGACUUCUACUUGUAAUAUAUUAAGACACAAAGUAAUUGCAGAUGCCGAUCAAAGUCCAAAGUUUGGAUCUGCGAUUUGGAGUUACUCUGGAUCGUGUGUUUCUGACUCCAAAAUUAAGAUUCCACCAAUACAUGAGGAGAUUAGGCUGCUACUAAAGAGAAAGAUUGCCUUAAAUCCAAAAGUAUCAAACUUGAGUUCUCAUGUUCCUUGGCAUGAUCUUAUUUUGUCAGCUGUAGAAACGUGUUACAAAGAAUCUGUUACUGUGAUUGAAAAGACUGUUAUGACAUGUAUGAUCACUUGCAUUGAAAUUAUAAAGUUGGACUUUACACAGGAAACACCAGUGGAUAUUGUUAAGAGAUGUAUAUCUUCAAUGUCAUCUGGACUUGCUAGUAGUUUGGUAUUUGUAAAUUCUCGUGAUGUGUUGUCUUCAAUUCUAUCAUCACAAAUUUAUGAAAAGUUGGCAGCUAUAAUUUCUGGCAAUUCUAUGGAUCCAAAGUUCCAUCUUUCGUCUGGUUUGGAAAAGAUACCAAACAUACCUCCUCAAAAUUUGGUGGAGAUAAACAAUGUUGGAGUUGAGCAGAUUUCUAGAAUACUUGCAAAGGAUAACAUUGGACUAGUUUGUGCUCUGGUUGAACAGUUAACGAUUGAGCUAAUGACAAGGUGUCUUGAGGAUAUUGUGAAUUCAUGGCGUGGUAGCAAAAGUAUUGAAAGGAAACUCCCAGAAUCCCUGCAAAUACAUUCCCUGGAUAUAUCUUCUCGUUUGAAUCUAUACAAGAAGUUUGUAUACUUGGUACCGUCUGCAUUAACAAGGAUGCAAGGGGAUGCUGGAAAGGCUGAUAAACGCCAUAUGGGUCUCCGUCUCCCAGAUUACUUUAUAAUCCCACCUAUUGACAACCUCCCAACAUCUCUAAUCCUCUGCAAGUUUGACGAAUUUGAAAAUAGACUGAAGGAAGCUAUGAAAUACCUUUUGAUGUAUCCACCUAUUGUACCCCUUGCGACUAGCAAGUUUUAUUACACUGCAGAUACUCCAUCUCUACUCCUUCUGUCAUGCCUGCCAAAGGAUCAUCAAAUAUUCUCGUUGCUAUGGAAUAUGCAUUAUCUGUUCUUGAGGGCAGGUGAUGUUAUGGAAUGCUUUGAGGUUUUAAUAAACAAGGUUGUAAAGUCCAUCACAGAUGCAUACAAGGGCGUUUGUGUCACAACCCUUGUGUACGAGGUGGAACUUUGUCUCUUGGAAAUGCUUUGUAUGGAUUCCCCAAAUCUGCUCAACGUUUCUUCGAGUAUGCUUCCAAAUUUGACUUUUGGUAAACUCAUUCUCUUUUUGCGCUUCAAACUCAUCAAGAUGAGCGUGUUGGACUGCUAUCUUUCCAACAGUGGAGAUGUGGAAUUCGUCGCAAAGAUUAUUUACAGGCUCAUUGUAGAGUGCAGUUAUGUGACGGUUAACGAUUUACCACUCUCUAUUCAGUAUCUUAAUCAGUUUGAUAAGGGAACCAUAAUACACUCUGUUGGAGCGCCAAUUGAGUUGAAAAAACUUUAUGAACGGUUGAUAAAUUACAAGAGUGAACCAAGUGAUAAGCUGCGUAGCUUGCGCUACUAUAUGACAGAGCCAGGAUGCUCGAGAAAUGGAAGUGAUGUGCAGAUUGCAGAACUUGUUAAUCCAAGGUACAUUAAAAUGUUUGCGGACUAUGUCAAGGGAAGUGAUGCAGAUCGUGAUCGGUUCUUUUUAAAUUUUACUGAGCAACCGAUUGAUGGAUAUAUUGCUUCUACGCUAUUGUGUGCACUCCAAAUGUCAUAUGAGCCUGUAGGAACAGAAAUUAAAUUUGAUAAAGUUCCGCAGAUUACUCAUGACGCACCAAUCCUUGAUUAUUGUAAUAUAUGGUCACAAAUGGUGAUUGGUUUUAUUCAAAAUGACAUUUUUACAUUACAAAAAAUUCUACACUUGAUACUUACAAUAAUGAAUCACAAGAUUUGCUUCCCCCUUAUCGCAAAAAUAAUUGAAAACAUUAUCGCUAAUUUGGAAGGAAACAACGCUCAUGUAUCAAUGGCUCACUUUUUGAUAAGCUGUUCACCCUCGGAAAUGGUGGAGUUUGGUCAGUAUUGGCUGCCAAUUGCUACUAGCAAGGCUUUUCUGCAACAUCUUAUUGCAUCACCCGCUGAUUGGCCACUAUGUAGUCAAAUUCUACAGCAAGCCAUACUAUCUCCGCAUUCGAAUGCUACAUCCAUAACGUACCUUAUUGUCCUCUUAAUACAGAGUGCACCCGAAUUUAUUUGUGGAUACUAUCUUGGUUUGUGUGACGUUUUAUCUCCAAGGAACAUAAAGCUUCGUAAUUUGCUGACCUGUCCAGCGCCCAGGAAUGUAAAGCUCCCAAACCCAGUAAACUUUGAGGAUACAAUUGAUGUGCCUCCAAUGGUCUUUACAAAUCACAUACAAACUAUACUCCAAAGGACUACAUUAAAGGGUCUUACGGAUGUCUUUAUCACAAAACCAACGGACAAGUGCUUUUUUGGUAUUCUAAGGGAGCUUAAACUUCAGGAAAAUUUGGAUCUAAUGCUUAUCAAUCACUAUACGCUAUACAUUGGAUACACCCUCCCUACCCUCUUUCACAAACUCUCAAAUGCUAGUGCAAAUUCACAUGCCAUUACAAUUGUGAACUGCUACAAGCUCCUAGAGAGGUUGAUCCACCAGUGCAAGGGACAUAUAAAACACAUUCUACUUGGAAGUGUUAUGCUCCACAUUAGAUAUCCAAACAGCACAACCUUUAAGUUUAUAACGUUUAUAAAGGGCCUAUUUGAAAAGGGUGAAAACAGCAUUCAGGAACACAUUAUACUUGUAAUCUUGGAACGUUUGCUCACACCAAAACCACAUCCAUGGGGAAUUGUAAACCUCUUGUUUCAACUCGUAAGGGACGCCAAGUACAAGUUUUGGAGUCACAUUCAAAACAAUCCGCAAGUGGAACAGCAUCUCAAGAAGAUCAUUCAGUCAUAUCUUGUCACCAAUAAGCCUAAUGACCAGGCACAACAAAUGGGCGAUCAUUGA